CACAACACCAGCCUGCCCCGCGCUGCGCUGUCUCUGCCCUCGCCGCACCGUCAAUCCGCCCGUCGCCUGCUGCGCGCGCCCUGCCGUCUGGCGCCUGCCUGCAUAUUCCCCGCUACGCGCCCAAGGCCUGCGCAUAGCCCUGCUCAAUACACAGCACGCAGAACACAGACUUUAGUAUACAGCCUCGAAUGUCGGCACACCACAAUGUCCAACUUUCUGGCCCUGGCUACCGCGACUUUCCUUGAGCAUCCCAUUUCCUGAAGAGCCCUCUAUUCCUCGGCCCACUAAUACCUUCUUCCUUUCGAUCUACGACCACGCGCGGCGCCACUGCUCGCCGACCUGUCUUUUCUCUGUAACCGAGCAUUCACCCGUGCGCAGUCACGCGAGUCGACUGUUGUUCGGACUCGACGACUAGCGCUUACUGCAUCAACACACCACCGCGGAUAUCACCGCGGAUAUGUCCUCUGCAACACCCACACAGCAGGAGCAGGCCCAGGCAAGGCUCUCGUUUGCAAAGGUCGCCGCAUCUGCUCUGAAGCCACUUACACCCUCCCAGAACACCAGCGCUAAGCCGAAAGCGCCUGUUGCGACUCCCAAGAUCCUGAGCCAGCCGCAGGUUGCGCGCUCUGUACCCAUCUCCGUCGAAGCACCGCAAGUAUUGCCGGAGAAGAACGGAGACGUGCUUCUGAACGGAAACGCUGGAAACAACGUAGACCGGACUGGACAAUGGACAGACACUGCGCAGGAGUCAGCUGCACCCUCUCCAGACGCAAAGCAAGAGUUGCCCGAGCGGCCACGGUCGAUUGCCCUGGUCAAGAUAUCCGCAGCGGAGGACAGCAGCACUCAGCUGUCGUCGUCUGACGGAUCUGGCAAGCCUCCUAGCAUUGACGGGAAGAGCGUCGCGUCUGCCACAACGUUCGCACUGGAUGAGAAAGAGUCGCUACGACCAGACGACAGCGCCAGUCUGAGAGCUGUCGAAGAGGAAGACGUGACGUCUCCCCCAGAUUCCGUCGUGGCAGACUCACGCCAGGGCUCGGACAAUGGCGCCGCUCGUGCUUUCCGCGAUCAGCUGCACGAAAUUGCGGUUAUGAAUCCUCAGUCACAACGAGGUGUUCCCCCAGGUCGCUUUCCAAGUCUUCCCACUGGUCCGCAUAUGCUUUAUGAUCCUAACCAGGCUUUGAAUGGCGGCCGGCCUAUGUCACAGCCUGUUGGAAACGGCAUGCCCUCGAUGAGCGGCGUGCCCAAUUUGCCUACCGCUCCGGACGAGAAGCUCAUUGAAGCGUUGCAGUCUCCACGCGAUCGACUGUUUGUUGUUAAGAUCGAACAGGACUUUAUUGACUUCAUCAAAGAUUCUCGUGAGAGCGAGUAUUCUCUGCCGAAUUGUAACACCUUUUACAGGAUGCUUGCCCAUCGUCUUGCUGACUAUUAUAUGCUUGGGCAUGUUGUUGACUCCACCAUGACUGGCGUUAAGAUCACACGAACACUGUUCUGUAGGAUCCCACCUCCGCUUUCGCAGAUGGUCGAUGCGACCAAGGGUGCAGAUACACCGCCUGUUGAGCUUCCUGCUCGCAAGAUCAUGCGUCGUGAAGACGCCAAGUCGGGCACCAACACCACCUCCAACUCACAAAACCCAUCCAAGACGACAUCCGAGGUGGAUGGAAGUGAUGGCAGUACCGACGGCAAGGACAAGGCCGCAUUGACACGUGAAGAGCGUGAGGCGCGGUACCGAGAGGCCCGUCAGCGUAUCUUUGGUGCUGAGAGCGACGAGUCCCCUGCAGCUGAGACUGCUGAAUCGGGAGAAGAGAAGGAUGUCUCACGAUCGAGCUCUGCGUCCGGCAAGAAGAAGAGCAAGAAGCAGCGCAAUUACGAUGAUGACGACUUCCAGGCUAGGUCUCGUUUCAACGUCUACUACCCUCAGCAGUACGCAGUACCCGGGUACACUGCAGAAAAUGUCGUAUAUUACGAUGGCUAUUCAGCUGCCGUACCGCACGCACAGUACACGGGCGUGAAUCCUGGAGCUUCACCGCCCGCAGCCUACAGCAACCCAUACCCAGUCAUGCCGUCUCCAGACGCUCAGUCUCAGUACGGGUGGAGUGGCCAGCAAUAUCAACCACAGAAUGGAGCGGCCGUGUACCAGAACUAUGGGCAGAUGCAAUCUGGCUAUGACCUUUCUGCGGACUUUCAGCGAGGCAUGUCUUUCCAAAGUCCUGUGGUGCCUUCCCAGGUCACCCCCAAAAUGGCGAACACACCUAUGGCGCCGUAUCAGGAGUCUUUUCAGCAAGCGCAACACAUGCCCUCGAACCAGGGUUGGCCACAGAUGAACCAGCAGCCUUCAUACCCAAUGGGCCAAGUGUCAUUUGCGACACCCAGCAGUCGUCCCAUGUCCGCGCCUCAGCCCCAGCCUUAUGCGUAUGGUCAAUUCCCACCGAACCCCUACAAUGGCCAGCCGAACCGCAAUCAACACCCUAUACCCGGCAGCUACAACCGCCAGCAAUUCAACCCACAGAGCCAGGCUUUCAUCCCGGGCGGCCGCAACGUGCCCUUCCAGAUGCAAUCGAACAUGGGUCAGGGCCCACCUCAGAUGAACGGCUAUGGCGGUUUUCAGAUGCAGCAACCAUCGAUGGCAAAUCAGAUGCCACGCAUUAGUCCUUCAGCUGGCAGUACGCCCUCAUUUGGCUCACCUCAGAGCAUGCACGGCAACGGCUCAGCAGCCAUGAACAGAAUCACAUCCCAGACCGGCGAACAAGGCUCAUCCCGCAUCCCCUCUGGCGCCAGUAGUAUUGCUAAAUACGGUACACCCUCGCACUUACCUGCUAAACCACCUGCACCGCACCAGCCACCAGCCCCUAAGUUCGACCUCUCUUCUCUGAAUGGAAGCCGCAGCAACAUGGCUCCUGGCUUCGCCAACACCCCUAAUUAAUGCCCUCACGACCUCAUCUCACAACGAACGCAUCACUCUUCUGCAUUGCGACGGUGCUAUCUCCUUCCUCUGUGCACUGCAUCAUCAUUUCCUCGGGUUGGAGUGGGACAGACUGGCUGGGUGGCGAUAUGGAGUUUAAAAGUACCUAGGUAUUCAUUUGGUAGAGUCUACUUGUUGGUAAUUCAAAAUCAUC